AUGGGUGGCCCUCGAAAUGUUUCGCAUGGUCGGGGAGGCGCAGGAAACAUUUAUUCUGCGGAAACUCGCACUACCCCUAAAGACCUCGUCACGCCAACGAUCAAACAAGAAGUUUUCACCACCGGUCGCGGUGGCUCAGGCAACAUGAUGGUCAACGAUCCCCGACACCCAGAGAUUGCGCGCGAGAGUCAGGACGUGGAGUCGCCACCACUUCGUAUGGAAGAUGCUCCACAUCACAUCGGGCGCGGUGGCGCCGCCAAUGCAUACGUUCCUUCUCCCGAGGAGGAAAGGCGCAUAGUCCGCGAGCAAGAGGAACAGCUGCGACAGGUUCGCUCCGAUGCUGAACGUCGUGACGAGAACGAGAAGCGCGACGACAGUGAGAAGCAUGCAGAGUCGUCUUUGAGCUGA